AUGGGUUCCUUGGCCGAGUCUUUCUUGAAAGACCUGGACGAAGACCCUGCCUCUAGUGAGGACUCAGACUCAGAUUCAGGCAGCGACCCAAGCAGAGGGGACUUAGGCCGGGCUGGAAACAAGGGCCCAGGCCAGGCCGGAGAUGGGGACCAAGACAGAGGCGGGGACAGUGUCGAGAGCCCGCUCCAAGUCGCCUGCGAUGGGGACCAGGAGCGAGCGGAGCAAGAUGGCAUGGGCGCCCGGCGUUCAGUCGCCUUGUUGGACUGCAUAGUGCUGAAAGAAGAGCGCCCCUCCCAAAAGCUCGAGUCUUCGGCCCGGCCGGAGGAAAGCGAGGCCUCCGGGGCCGGCGCGUUCCCUGGCCCGCCUCGAGUGAGUCGUUUGCUGGACGACGCGGAGUUUCGUGCCUUCGUCGAGUCGCAGCAGGCGGAGCCGAACGAGGAUUCCCCGGCGCUGAAAGACUUCCUGGAGCUGAAAGAGUCACCUCCCACGCGGGAGACUUCCUCCCCGGCGCGGGAGGCUUCCUCCGAACAGGUGGGGGGUUCCUCGCAGCGAGAGGAAGUGAGUGCGUUGCAGCGUUGCAACGAAGUGCUGCAGCAAAUUGACGCCGAGAUUCUGUUGUUGUACCGGUGGGUGCGGGAGGUGUAUGGGCAGAGAUUCCCAGAGUUGGAGUCAUUGGUACCGAUCCCUUUGGACUACUUGUUUGUUGUACGGUCGUUGGGCAAUUCUCUGGACCUGACUGCUGUGGACUUGGGUGUGCAAUUGAGCAGCGUGUCAGUGUUGGCGGUCUCCGUCGCGGCCUCGGUGUCUUCAGGGCGACCUUUACCUGAAUCGGCAGUGACCGCAGUUUUGGCCGCCGUUGCCGAGGUGGACGAGUUGGUUGCAGCGAGGACACAACUCCUCAACCGCAUCGAGCAAGCCAUGGCGAGCGUCGCCCCCAACCUGACCGCCAUUGCAGGCGCCGCGCUCGCCGCUAAACUGGUUACGCAGGCUGGUGGCAUAGAAGCCCUCGCUUCCAUGCCUUCUCAGAACCUUUUGGUCCUUGGCGGGUCAAGCUAUGCCCGCGCCACGCGAGCCGUGACCGCCGGCAAUGGUAGUGGCGGUAGUACUGGCACCGGUGGUAGUACCGGCACUGGUCAGUCCAUUGGAGGUGCGGCGACGGCCGCUUUGCCGGAGAUGGCGCGGCAGGCAGGCCGCGGGUACGGCGUCAUCUUCGAGUCGGAUGUGGUCCAGGCGACCGUGCCAGCCUACCGGGGACGCGCGAUGAAGCUAAUGGCCGGCAAGUGCGCGCUGGCCGUGCGCAAAGACGUGCACAACAAUGAUGGCUCCAUCACCGUCGGCCAAGCAUUGCGGGAACAAGUGCUCAACUCACUCAAGAAGAUCCAAGCGCCGCCUCCUGCACGACUUAAGAAACCUUUGCCGGUACCAGAAGAACGACCUAAGACACGCCGUGCCGGACGCAGGAAACGACGCUUCAAGGAAAAAUACGGCAUGACAGAGUCCCGUAAAAAGGCAAACAGACUUCUCGUAACGAUCGAAGAAGGGCAACCAGAAGAAAUCGACGACGACGCAGAAGACGACAUCUUCUGA